AUGCAGUUCAUACAGCGGCAAAAAGUGAUAUCGCUGUGGCGAGACAUUGUCCGCAGCACCAACAACAUACCAGACACCGCCACCAGGGCCGACAUGAGACAGUUUGCCAGAGUCGAAUUCGAACAGCACCGUCACGUCACUGACUUGACCGGCAAAACUCAGUUCCAAACUAUGAAAGGCACGCUAAUCAAUUCUGGAGUUUUGACUGAAUGA